AGAAUGGACGGGGCCGGGGAGCGCAGCCUCCCGGAGCCGGGCAGCCGGGGCUCCCGGGCUGGAGACGACAUGGAGAUCGUCGUCAACGUGGGAGGCGUGCGGCGGGUGCUGUACGGAGACCUCCUCAGCCGGUACCCCGAGACCCGGCUGGCGGAGCUCAUCGACUGCUUGGCCGGGGGCUACGACACCAUCUUCUCCCUGUGCGACGACUACGACCCCGGGAAGCGCGAGUUCUACUUCGACAGGGACCCGGACGCGUUCAAGUGUGUCAUUGAGGUGUACUAUUUCGGGGAGGUCCACAUGAAGAAGGGCAUCUGCCCCAUCUGCUUCAAGAACGAGAUGGACUUCUGGAAGGUGGACCUCAAGUUCCUGGACGACUGCUGCAAGAGCCACCUGAGCGAGAAGCGCGAGGAGCUGGAGGAGAUCGCGCGCCGCGUGCAGCUCAUCCUGGACGACCUGGGCGUGGACACGGCCGAGGGCCGCUGGCAGCGCUGCCAGAAGUGCGUCUGGAAGUUCCUGGAGAAGCCCGAGUCUUCGUGUCCGGCGCGGGUGGUGGCCGUGCUGUCCUUCCUGCUCAUCCUCGUCUCGUCGGUGGUCAUGUGCAUGGGCACCAUCCCCGAGCUGCAGGUGCUGGACGCCGAGGGCAACCGCGUGGAGCACCCGACGCUGGAGAGCGUGGAGACGGCGUGCAUCGGCUGGUUCACGCUGGAGUACCUGCUGCGCCUGUUCUCUUCGCCCAACAAGCUGCACUUCGCCCUGUCGUUCAUGAACAUCGUGGACGUGCUGGCCAUCCUCCCCUUCUACGUGAGCUUCACGCUCACGCACCUGGGCGCCCGCAUGAUGGAGCUGACCAACGUGCAGCAGGCGGUGCAGGCCCUGCGCAUCAUGCGCAUCGCCCGCAUCUUCAAGCUGGCGCGCCACUCCUCGGGGCUGCAGACCCUCACCUACGCCCUCAAGCGCAGCUUCAAGGAACUGGGGCUGCUGCUCAUGUACCUGGCCGUGGGCAUCUUCGUCUUCUCGGCCCUGGGCUACACCAUGGAGCAGAGCCACCCGGAGACCUUGUUUAAGAGCAUCCCGCAGUCCUUCUGGUGGGCCAUCAUCACCAUGACCACGGUCGGCUAUGGUGACAUCUACCCCAAGACCACCCUGGGCAAGCUCAAUGCAGCCAUCAGCUUCCUGUGUGGGGUCAUUGCCAUUGCCCUGCCCAUCCACCCCAUCAUCAACAACUUUGUCAGAUACUACAACAAGCAGCGAGUCCUGGAAACGGCAGCCAAGCACGAGCUGGAGUUGAUGGAGCUCAACUCCAGCAGUGCGGGCGAGGGCAAGACAGGGGGCUCCCGCGGCGACCUGGACAUCCUCCCGCCAGAGCCCGCCGGGAAGGAGGGGCUGAGCUGGAGCAGCCAGCUGAAGAUAUCCCGCAGUGACACCUUCAUCCCCCUGCUGACCGAGGAGAAGCACCACAGGACCCGGCUCCAGAGCUGCAAGUGA